AUGCCCGUGUCCAGGGGCACACCAGGAUGGAAUAAGACCUAUUUCCCCUUCUUCUCGGACUUCAGGGGCCACAAUGUGACGGCCUUGCGCAUCGGCGAGUCAUGUGCCCUGGCCUUCAUCUUCGUGUUGUCGUUGGCAGGAAACAUCUGGGGCAUCUGCCUGCUGGUGAGGCGGCACCGCCGGCUCUGCGCCGCCAACUGCCUCGUCCUCAACCUCUUCUGCGCCGACCUGCUCUUCAUCACUGCCAUGCCCUUCAUCGCCGUCGUGCGCUGGACCGAGUCCUGGGUGCUGGGCAACUUCGUUUGCCACCUGCUCCUCUAUGUGGUGAGCUUGAGCGGCACCGUCAUCCUCCUCUCCCUGUCGGCCGUCAGCCUGGAGCGCUUCGUCAGCAUCGCCCGGCUGCGCCACGCCGCCUUCCGCCGCCGCAAGGUGCUGGCCGCCGCCGUGCUCCUCAUCUGGGGCCUCGCCGCCAUCGCCACCCUCCCGCUCUGCUGCUUCUUCACCGUGGUGCGGCUGCCCGCCCCCGCCGGCCAGGACAUUUAUAUUUGCACCCUGGAUUGGCCCAGCACUGCAGGAGAAACAGUCUGGGAUACAACCUUUGCCAUUGUUUUCUUUCUGAUACCAGGAUUCAUCAUUGUCAUCAGUUACUCCAAAAUCUUACAGAUUACAAAAGCAUCAAGAAGAAGUUUAAAUGCUGGUUUAGCCUAUCCAGAACAUCAUCAGAUUCGUGUUUCCCAGCAAGACUACAAACUAUUCCGAGCCCUUUUUUUGUUGAUGAUCUCUUUCUUCAUUAUGUGGACUCCAAUAAUAGUAAUUAUUUUUUUAAUUUUAGUUCAGAACUUCAAAGAAGAUUUAAAUAUUUUGCCAUCAGUUUUCUUCUGGAUAGUAUUAUUCACUUUUGCCAACUCUGCAGUCAAUCCAAUUCUGUAUAAUGUUGCCUAUUUCAGACGUAAAUGUGAGGAAAUUUUUCUCUGUUGUACAGGGAACCCUGAAAGGCAUAGAGCAGGUACAGAAACCACAGUAAGAAGAAGUAACCAUGAACAGCCACAUUUGUCUUUCAUUACCAGAUAAUUAUUUAAAGUCUGAGCUAUGCCACAUUUUGGAUUUUGUCUAUGCUAUCCCAGGUCAUAUAGGUCAUUAUGUUAUAGUAUUACAUGCCAGAGAAGGAGGAAAAAGGCUAAAUACAUAUUUUUAAUUCCCGUGGGUAAAAUUCUAUUGACUUCAUUGCUUUGCCUCAGUAGGAUUUGGACAAUUUAAUUUAAGGGAUUGAAUUCUCCUCUUACACUGAAAUAAAUAGAAAUAUGGCAAUGAACUUGGUGAAUGUAAAAUAGUUGAAUUAAGUACUUAAAAGUUUCUAGUGAAAAUGUUCAUCCUCAGAAAGUAUCUGCUUUUUUUAAAAUCCAGUUUUUAAAGGGAACUUUAUUAAAAACUUCAAUAACUGUCUGCCUGAAUGUAAGUUUGAGCAGACUAACUGAAACAAGGUAAUGAACAUGUGUUAUCAUCAAGUAAAUGACUAGUUUGGUUCCAUCUCAAAUUAAAAAUAUGGACUUAAUACAUGAGAAU